UGCCAUUGGUUGCGCGAUCGGGCGAUGGCACCCGCCGGGGUGUUGCGAGCCGGGUGCCCUUACCACAGCGCGAGUGCUUGUUUCAGUCUGCGGCAGACGAGGGAGGCUGGGAGGAGUUCGCCGCUGCUUGGCCAGCCGCAGCCGGUAGCCGGACGCGCCCUAGAUUCGUAGAUACGAGUUUGAAGAUGCUGUCCGGUCUCUUCCGAGUUCAUGGGCUUUUUGUGGCCUCUCAUCCAUGGGAGGUCAUCGUGGGAACUGUAACUCUGACUAUCUGCAUGAUGUCCAUGAAGAUGUUUACUGGUAACGACAAGAUCUGUGGCUGGAAUUAUGAAUGCCCCAAACUUGAAGAAGAUGUUUUGAGCAGUGAUAUUAUAAUCCUGACAAUCACCCGCUGUAUAGCAAUUCUUUAUAUAUACUUCCAGUUCCAAAAUCUGCGACAGCUUGGAUCAAAAUAUAUCUUGGGCAUUGCUGGACUCUUCACAAUCUUCUCAAGUUUCGUCUUCAGUACAGUGGUGAUUCAUUUCCUUGAUAAGGAAUUGACAGGUUUGAAUGAAGCUUUGCCAUUUUUCUUGCUUUUGAUUGACCUCUCCAGAGCCAGUGCAUUAGCCAAAUUUGCACUCAGUUCCAAUUCCCAGGACGAAGUGAGAGACAAUAUUUCACGUGGAAUGGCAAUUCUGGGUCCUACAUUUACGCUUGAUGCUCUUGUUGAGUGUCUUGUCAUUGGUGUUGGUACAAUGUCUGGAGUGAGACAGCUUGAAAUCAUGUGCUGUUUUGGUUGUUUGUCUGUUCUCGCCAACUACUUUGUUUUCAUGACCUUCUUCCCUGCUUGUGUGUCCUUGGUUUUGGAGCUUUCGCGGGAAAGUCGUGAAGGCCGUCCCAUAUGGCAGCUUAGUCACUUCGCUCGUGUUCUAGAAGAGGAAGAAAACAAACCAAAUCCUGUAACCCAGCGAGUCAAAAUGAUUAUGUCUCUAGGUUUGGUUCUUGUUCAUGCUCACAGUCGCUGGAUAGCAGAACCGUCUGCACAAAACAGCACAGCAGAAAUUUCAAUGGGCCUGGAUGAAACUGCGCAUAAGAGAAUUGAGCCUAAUGUUUCUCUGUGGCAAUUCUAUCUUUCCAGAAUGGCCAGUAUGGACAUUGAGCAAGUAAUCACACUGGGCUUAGCUCUGCUUCUUGCUGUCAAAUACAUCUUCUUUGAGCAGACAGAAAUGGAAUCCACACUUUCGUUGAAGAACCCUGUGACAUCACCGAUAGUUAUCCAGAAAAAUAUACCUGAAAACUGCUGCAGAAAACGUUCUUUACCUUUAAAGCAUUACCCAGUUACCAAAGAGCAAAAAGACGAAGCCAUAAACCCUCUCCUACCAGACUCACCAACUAAGGCCACGUUUGUGGUUGGCAGCUGCACCCCCACAGACACUUCCCCAGUUAGGAAGAGAAUAGAAGCUGAAACUGACCUGCCUAAAGAGCCACGCUCUGUCGAAGAAUGCCUCUGCAUAUUUCAGAACAGUGAGAUGGGUGCAAAGUUCCUUACUGAUGCUGAAGUCAUUAUCUUAGUGAAAGCCAAGCAUGUUCCUGCAUACAAAUUAGAAGCCCUGAUGGAAACUCAAGAACGUGGGGUCUCCAUCCGUAGGCAAAUGUUGUCUCAGAAGCUACCUGAACCUUCCUCUCUACAGUACCUUCCUUACAAGAACUACAAUUAUUCUUUGGUAAUGGGUGCCUGUUGUGAAAAUGUGAUCGGGUACAUGCCAGUCCCUGUUGGAGUAGCUGGGCCACUUCUUCUGGACAGGAAAGAAUUUCAAGUUCCAUUGGCAACGACAGAGGGCUGUUUAGUGGCAAGCACAAAUAGAGGGUGCAGAGCAAUAUGCCUUGGUGGAGGUGCCAGUAGCUGUGUUUUGGCAGACGGAAUGACGCGAGGGCCAAUUGUACGACUACCCACUGCCUGCCAGUCUGGAGAAGUGAAGGCAUGGCUUGAAACGCCAGAAGGGUUUAAAAUAGUCAAAGAGGCAUUUGAUAGCACAAGCAGGUUUGCUCGUCUGCAGAGACUACAUAUCAGUUUGGCUGGCCGAAACCUUUAUAUUCGCUUCCAGGCUAGAACUGGCGAUGCAAUGGGAAUGAACAUGAUUUCAAAAGGUACUGAGAAGGCACUUGCAAGACUUCAAGAAGAGUUUCCUGACCUCCAUAUCCUAGCCAUUAGUGGUAACUACUGCACUGAUAAAAAGCCAGCCGCUGUUAACUGGAUAGAAGGAAGAGGAAAGUCUGUUGUGUGUGAAGCCAUAAUUCCCUCAAAGGUUGUUAGAGAGGUACUGAAGACCACUACAGAAGCUAUGGUUGAGGUCAAUAUAAACAAGAAUUUGGUUGGCUCUGCAAUGGCUGGAAGCAUAGGUGGCUAUAAUGCUCAUGCAGCGAACAUUGUCACAGCUAUUUAUAUUGCGUGUGGGCAGGAUGCAGCCCAGAACGUUGGCAGCUCAAACUGCAUCACACUGAUGGAAGCAACGGGACCUACCAAUGAAGAUCUAUAUAUCAGUUGUACAAUGCCUUCUAUAGAAAUUGGGACUGUGGGUGGAGGAACCACCCUGUUACCACAGCAGGCUUGUUUGCAGAUGCUUGGGGUGCAGGGAGCCAGCCCAGAUAACCCAGGGGAAAAUGCCCGUCAGCUUGCCAAAAUUGUGUGUGCUACAGUAAUGGCAGGAGAGUUAUCUCUAAUGGCUGCCUUAGCAGCAGGGCACUUGGUCAACAGCCACAUGAUCCACAAUAGAUCAAAAAUAAAUCUACAAGAUAUGCAAGGAACAUGUACCAAGAAAGCUUGAUUAAGAGGAACUUGAAGCAAAGUAUUGCUGUGGCAGUUGGGCAACAGAAACAAUGUUAUGAUCUGUGAGUUCGAGGAUGAAGAUAAUCUUCAGUUCCGUGAAUUGUUGGGAAGAUACUUGAGAGCAUCAGGGUCCACCAUCGUUCUUAUAUGGUGACUUGCAUCCUUUUCCUCUGCCAUAAAAUGAUAUUUCUAUGGAAAGUACUUCGGAUGGUGUUAAUUUUAACAUCAGAAUCUAGCUUUGCUGAGCCCUGUGUCUUAGAAGGUGGAACUUCACUUGGUCCGCCAAACUAUUCUUCGGGUUGAAAAUAAUUUGGCUAGCAAACUACUGAGAAGAAAUGCAAGCUCCAUUAUUUUUUUUAAUUCUGCUUUUUUGUUUGCAUUGUUUUCCAUGAUCAUCGUUCUCUGCUUAACAUAAACGGAAGCUGCACUUUGGGUCAAAGAAACCGCAGGCACGCAGCUUCACCUGCCCUGUGCUUGACACACGCACACACUCAUUUGAGCAGGAUGGCAUAUUUUUGGACAAGGUGGUCCCAUUGCUUCUAAAGUUAUUAUUAUUUUUUAAUUGUUCAAAUGUUUAAGCCCAAGAUUUCAGUGACAUGUAUCUUUCAGAAGUGCUUAACUUAGCAUGGUACAUAUAGCUCUCAAUUCUUUGAGAUAAACUCCCAAUUUUUAAGGGGAAAAAAUGCAUUGCUGCAGGAAGGAGUUGUUUGGAGUUGUACACCAUGUUUCUGGGUACAAAACCAUGGAGUCCAAAUGCUCAGAUGAUUUGUUCAGAUUCUCCUUGCCUCUCUUCACCAGGGUGAAUAAAGCUUUCACUAUCCACUGGGAAGCUUUCUUGGACAAUGACAGCUGUAUAAGAGUGCAGUAGUUUCCAUUCACUUUACUAAGCCCUUCCAGGAGGGCUUCCUGGCAGGCAGUGCCCUUUGUGAAGCUGAAAUGGUGAGGGUUAUUUAAUGGAAAUUAUUUCAGAUAAGCCAGUCAAAAUAUAUUUACACUAUUUUCUUUCUUCUUUUUUUUGUUUACACUAUUUCUUAAUCAUAAGCCUAGUGUGCACUUCUGCAGUAAUAGGUGUAUGGCAAAUUCUUAUUUCCUUAUUUUUUGUUUCUGAAAAAAAAACAGUAAUUUAUUUUGGGGCUAGUUCUAACUGCAGCUCUUUGUUGGAACGAUUUUAGGAUCAAAUUUAAUGCAACCCAAGUAACUGCAUUCUGGAGUAAUGUUGCAUAGGAGAACCGGGCAGAAGGGGAGCAAGAACACAGAUUCUCCUCAGAGAAUCACAUGCAAUGAUGCCUUGCUGUUCCUAAUUGCUAGAAAGAUUAUUUCAGGGCUGGGGUUCUUCACAUUCUCAUUGGAACUCAAUGUGAGCGUCCCCUUUUUUUUGUGUACGUUCAGUGUAAACUGUGGUACUCCUUUAGUUUGUAGUACAUAAAGUCUAAUUCCUCUGUAUUGGGGCUUGUGAAGCUAAUGCAAGUCACCUACUACUUUCUAGGUAUGUGCUGUAGUUACAUGUAAAUAGCAUCAUGAAUGUCCUCCCUACAGUAUUGUUGUCCAGCAGUUACCAUUUCCUUAUUUAUGCGGCAUUUGAACUGCUUGAUUUUAUUAUUUAAUGCAACACUGAGCUAGCAAUAAAUGGUUUGUUCGGUGUUCGUUUGUUGAAUGUAACUGACAUUUUGUCUUUAAAAAAACCAUUUUGUACUAUUUCAGAAUUGUGUACAUUUUGGUACAAAUACUUUUUCAGUUUCAGUAAAACAAUGUAAAAAGCA